AUGGCAGCAAUGGGCGGUCGAACGCCGAUGCAGCCCGGUAUGAUGGCGUCAACAUUAAAUGCUGGGCCACACUCGAAGAUCGGCUACACGUACGCGCCCAACUUCGUUCUGGUCACAGAUCCAGCCUCGCUACCAUCAGUCAUGGCGCAGCGUGGUGGGCAAUCAGCAGGAUCUGCGAGUGCUGGACCUGGCCAUGAAGGGCCAAAGCCGGGGUCUGCAGGGGGCUUGCCGGCUGGCAUGAUGGGCGGAGGACCAGCUGGUUUGCUCGGUACGCCACCGGGUCCUAUGAGCGGCAUGAUACCCGGCUGUCCUUUCGGCAUGGGCGGCGGCAUGCCUGUGCACAUCGACCCGCGCCUCGCCAUGAUGAUGGCGCAGAAUAGUUUGCAAGACAUCGUUGCCAUGCGCCAGGCUAGAAGGACCGCAGACGCUAUGAUGGGAGCCGGACCGGGUUCCAUGAUGGGCCCGGGUCCGAUGAACCCCAUGACGGCGGCCAUGAUGGGUGGACCGAUGGGCGGUAUGGGUCCCAGUAAUCCAAUGCGCGCCGCAAUAUUGGCCAAUGCCAUGAACGCGGGGAUGAUGGCGGGUUUGACGGGUGGCGCCAUGAUGCCCGGUCUAGUGGGCGGAUAG